UGAAUCAAAACACCUGCAAGGGUUUCCUGAGUCUCUGAAUCACAGGUGUCAAACUCUAGUCCUAGAGGGCUGCUGUCUUACAACUUAGAGGUCUGUCUUUCUGUCAACACACCUGAUUACAAAAGUUAGGUUAUUAGCAGUCUUAAAAGGCCUGAUGAGUGGAGAAACGUUUCGUGUUCUUCCAGGAUGUCAGCCUCGCAAAACUCCUCAGACUUGGAAAUGUCAUUCUGGAGGAGACUGCAUCAACAACAACAGACCAGUCCACGGCGGCUUUGCAGAGUUUGCUUUUACCCCGGACCCGGAGGGUUGAAGAUCUUCCACUCUCACUGCUGCUGGACGGGACUAAUGUGUUCUCUGGUACGGGGAAGAUUGCCCAGGGCAGCACUUAAAGGGCAAAGUUACAUGUUGCACAACUACGGAGCAGCGCUCGGUGAAAUGAGCUUCCCUUCGAUGAGAGAAUUGUGGCAAGAUUUUGUAUCGCAGCAUCUCGUCACACAUCUGCUGACAGGUGAAGAUGGAGACAGAGUACCAAACGCUGGAGGCCAGGCCACGAUGCAGAAUAGAAGAACUUUAUUGCAAGCUGGAACCAGAGACGAGAUAAACAUAGGCUUGGCAAAACUAGCUAACGUCAGAGGGAGGAGAAGCGAUUUUCCUCGGAACAAAGAACAUGAACACCGAUUGAAGUUUAAAAAUUAUUUUAAAAAAACCUGUGAUAACCGAUUCCGCAAAACGAAACAAACCGUAAAGCUGUUGGAACAACAUGGACCAAGUCUGAAAUCAAGACAUCAGAGCCCUCAGUGGUGUUGGAUGACUCUUUGUAGUCUUUAUCUAGUAAAAACCUUGGGAGGAGUUUGUCUCAACAAAAUAAUGAAGCCUUGGCACAAAUUCAAACUGGAAGACUCUCUAGCCUCACCUGCAUCAUCCAAUCAGUUCGACUCUUUCAUCGCCGUAGAUCCAACCAACCAAGCUCCCGCUGAAAAGGACCUCCAUCCAUGGCAUCUCCCACUUUCCAGCUGCGCUCAACCCACCUCCGCCCCUUCUCCACCUCCAUUGUCCCGGCUCUUCAGGCACCCAUCCUUCACCGACCUCCACCACCAGUCUACGGGCUCCGGGGGAUGA